AUGGGCCUCUUGAAAAAGACCAAGAGUUUUUGGCAGAUAAAAAGAACGCCGACUUCGCAGGGUCCAGCGCCACUGCCAGCACUCAAUGAAGUAGACACUCCCCCACUACCUUCUACUCAGCAGGAUUCUAGUCCUCGAACACCUCAGCGAACACCGGUCCCAGCCCGACUCGUGACGGCAGAGAACAUACGGGAGCUGAGGGAGAGAAUUCGAUACCGAUACAGUUUGGAUGUCGAGAUCCUGAAGCAAAGAAACGUCAAGGCAUAUGCGCGCGAGAAUCUGGAAGAGAACAUGAGGAAAUCAGUAGCUGCGCUUGCAGACAUACGGAAGAUGGUGCAGGAUUGGGACCGUCGAGAGUACUUCGCCACUGACUUGGAAUAUGAGAAAUUUCAAGUCAUCAAGCGCCGGCUUUUGGAGGGCAACAAGAUAGAUUGGGAAAGGAUCAAGCCGUGGGAGCUGGACCUGAGUAACAUAGUCCCUCUUCGAGCCCCAUACGAGAUGAGCGGUCCGACAGAGUCGACAGCACAGCGGUCAGCGCCUUCGUCAUUUGGCAGUCGUCAGCACCCUCGGGAACGUCCAGAUGAUGUGCCAUUUUCACGCCAGAACCAGAGGCGCGGGCAAGUGUCUGAUCGGAAUCCUUCGCAGCGAAGCCGGUUCGCCACGGACUCCAUGCGGCAGACCCAACUUGGUACAACUGCUCCACAACAGACGCAGCAUGGCCUGGAACCGCUGCAACAAGAGCAGCGUAAUGCGCACAGCUCGAGACAAGCUCCGUAUACCACGAAUCCUGACCCUCCAAUGCGUUACCCGGAAGAUCCUGUGAGGCGGAGCCAACGUGCCGAAGGCCCGCCGCAACAAGAUAUGUAUGCUCUUGUGUCCCCGCCACAAAGCGACCUCUCUCUGCUCUUACAGAGGAGUGAGCUCGGUAUAAGAUCGCCACCGCCGAGCGAGCUAGCUCCAGGUUCUCCCCCGGUGACCAGGUAUGCGCCAUACGCUCCGCCAGAUGCUUACAGGACGCAGUCCUAUAUGCAAAACACCCAGUCCGCGGCACAAUAUGGCAGUGUUCCCUACUCACAGCCUAGCGGAGUUGUGGCAGCCACACCUAGGCAGACUGAAGGAUUACGGCCGUCCCGGCAAAGAGAUAAUCGGGUUGUAUCCCUUCCGACACCACAUAUCAGGUUGACCGCGCCUACACCGCCGGUGGGCCGAAGAGUCUUGUCAGACCCGUCUCAUAUUGAAGAUACUGGUGAUCGAUCGAUACGCAUAGAUAGUCCUGUCCCGAGGGGUCGAGUCGAAGGUCCUCCGUCAUCUCAACACAGUGCCCCCGGCUAUUGA